AUGCCUUCUUUCUAUGAGACCGCUCUACCUGUUGAGAGUCCAACUACAGGACCAGAAGGUUGCACUCCCUUCACUAUGUUGCAAGGUCCCGAGACAUGGGAGUUUCACCUGACUGCUCCUGGCGUACAGACUAGAAAUGGUGCUUGUACUUGGAUUGGUGUGUUCAGCGAGGUUCCAAUCACCUGCGACGCCGAUGCUUUCGGUGAGGAUUACACUCUUCCUAGUGGUAAUCCGACUAUCUUUUCGCAAUCGGAAUUGAGGGCAUGGGAGACGCUGAGAUAUGCUGUUGCUACGAUUGUGGAGGCUACACCCGCACCUACACCCACACCCACACCGGCAAACACGAAAGACACGAGUGGGGCUGGAGAAUCAGCUAAAGAGACUUCAGUGAGUGAGGGAAGGGCGUCAGGUGCGUCGAUCCCUACUGGCGCGAUGCUGAUGGUCGGCGGAGCGGCAGCUAUUGGUGGAGCGGCUUGGGGAUUUUGA